UAUUCAUAUCCAUCCUUGUAUUUAUAGCAAGCCUGCGGGGAGUGGGGAGAGAUGGAGGCGGGGCUUAGUUUAUGACAUCCUCUCACGGCGAGGGAUUGGUGGUGUCUGAGUGUGCAGUCGUGUGUUUGUGUGUGUGUCAGAUUGUGGUGUGUGUAUGAAAGAGAAGAGGAGGAGGGUGAGGCGGGCGAGGGGGUGUUUCAGAGCAAGCAGGAGGGGAGCUGUUUUCUUGUGUGUAUUUAUGUGCGAGAGUGUAAGGAAGAGAGAGAGGAGGGCUAUUUUGAAUGCGCACCUCAGUGAGAAAGAGCGAGAGAGGGAGGGAGGAACAGGAGGAGAGCGAGCCGACUGUGUUGAAUGUGUCACAGGGAGAGAAAUCAAAUUUGGUCCGUGGAAUCUGUGUGACUCAAACACAGUGUUCUCUGUGUGCAGAGGGUGAGGGAGGGAGGAGGAGAGGAAGAAAGAGAGGGAGAGUGACAGACAGAAGGCUACAGAGAAUGAGGCGAGGACAAUCAAAUAUAUCCACUCGUUCAGGAAGGAGAUAAAGAAAACUACUGAGUCUCUUGCCUGCUUAGUUCCACAGCUGAAUCCAUAAAAGCACAUAAAAGGGAGAUCAACAGCAGCACUGAGAAACUGAUAACUGUCACUAAGCUGACUGAAACAGAGACUCACACACCAUCAUUUCUCUUUUCCGUUUUUUUUUUUUUUUUUUUUGAGUGUGUGUCAGUGUUUGCUGAUAGGCAGAAAAAUCACAACAUCAAACUGUGACUGGUUCUGUUCCUCACUAUAUAAACUGCUGUGGGUAGUUUGAAGACGACCAUUAAUACGCAUUCGGACGCAUAUUCCUGAGAUACCUGAUACGACACAGGAUUUUCCUGCAAGACCAUGACAUCACAUGGCAAACUGAGGAAGGAAAGGGGGUGUCUGGCAGAGUAUGAGACGCAGCUCAAAGAGGUGCGUAGUCAGCUUUCAGAGCAACUGAAGGUGUUGGAUGCACAGUUGGAGCAGAAGACGCAGCAGCUCCAGGAUCUUAGUGAUUAUCUACGCCGUCGGGGGGAGAUCGAGGCUGAGUAUGCACGCUCUCUGGAAAAACUCAGCGAGAGGUUCACCCUCAAGACCAAAAAGAAAGAGCAUACGGACCAGUCUGUGUCCAAGUGCUGGUCAGAGCUGCUAAUACAGACCAAGCAGGAGAGCCGGGACCACAGCUCACUCAGUGAGGUCUGCAGCACCACCUUCACCCAGCGCCUGUCUCACUGCAUCGAGGACACAAACCGCCUGGCCAAGAAGAGUAAAGAAGUGGGUCUGCAGAUGCAGGAUGAACUCCUAAAAGUUACCACAGAGCUGCAGACGGCUCUGAAGACUUAUCACCAGUAUCACUCCGAAUGUCUUUCUGCUGAGGGCAAACUCAAAGAAGCUGCAAGACUGGAGGAGAAACAGACUGGCAAGGGGUCUGAACUCAGCCUUGGCCAAUCAGGAGGGCAGAGGCGCAGCUCAGUAAAGAAGAUGGAAAGGCUAAUGGAAAAGAGGCAAGGAAAAGUACAAGAGACCCAGCUGAAGUGCACUAAAGCUCGCAACGACUACCUGCUCAACCUCGCAGCAGCCAACGCUGCCAUGAAUAAGUACUAUCUUGAGGACAUAUGCACUCUGAUUGACUGCACGGAUCUUGGCUACCACCUGUCUGUGGCACGGGUGAUGCGUGGCUACCUAUCCAAUAGGAACCGGACGCAGCAGAACCUGAAGAAUGGUCUGCAGCAGCUUGAAAACGCGGUGAGUGCUAUGGACCAGGGCCAGGACCGAGAUGCCCUGCUGCAGGCCCACAACACAGCCUUCUGUCUGCCGUUCCGCUUUCAGCACCUACCACAUGAAGGAGACCAGGUGUGUGAGGUGAGUGCUGACUGUCAGGUGAGGUAUGAGAUGGAAACCAGAUAUCAGCAGUUGCAGUCCAGACUGGCUACGGUUACCCUGGAAACAGAGGAGAUCAGUAAAACUCUCAAGGCGACCUAUGCUGCGCUACUGGAGAGUAUCUGUGAUGAUGACUGUAUCCCCGCCCUUGACGUCUCAACCAGCAUAUCACAGGAGAGCACAGGCGAUGGCCCGAACACCAAGUUGAGCGUAACCAAGCGCAGAGCCAAUCAGCAGGAAACCGAGACCUUCUACUUUAAUAAAGUGAAGGAGUAUCUCAAUGGUAACUCUUUGAUUUCCAAACUCCAGGCCAAACAUGACCUGUUGAAGGAGGCCAUAGAGAAAGCUGAGGCAGUUGACCGUGAUCCCUCCAGAAUGCCGUCUGGUAGGUCAGUGCGUGUGCGGAAAGCCAGGCCUUGCUCCCAGUACAACCACAAACUCUUCUCUGGAGACAUGCUGUCCUUCAUCCAGAGCUCCGGGCAGCAGAUCCCGUUAGUGGUGGAAAGCUGUAUCCGCUUCAUCAACCUCCAUGGUCUGCAUCACGAGGGCAUAUUCAGAGUGCCGGGUUCUCAGAGCGAAGUCAAUAAUAUCAGAGAUGCCUUUGAAAGAGGGGAAGACCCUUUGACGGACAGCGAGUGUGACAUUGACUCUGUAGCAGGAGUCCUGAAACUGUAUUUCAGAGACCUGGAGAAACCUCUCUUCCCAGAGGAGCACUUCAGUCAGCUGAUGGAGUGUGUCCAAAUUGAGAACAUGGCAGAAAGCGCAGCUCAGAUGAAGCUAGUGGUCUCAUCCUUCCCCAGACCCCUCAUUAUAGUGAUGCGCUAUCUAUUUGCCUUCCUCCAUCAUGUUUCUCAGUACAGUGAUGAGAACAUGAUGCAGCCCUAUAACCUGGCUGUGUGCUUCGGGCCCAGUCUGCUGAGAUGUGGGGUUGAGUCAGGCGAAGCAGUAACUCUGCAGCCCCAGAUUAAUGCCCUGGUUAAGAGCAUGAUCCUCCAGCAUGAGAGCAUCUUCCCCAGCCAGGCUGAGCUUCCAGGCCCUGUGUAUGAGAAAUGCAUGACCCUGGAGCAAGAAUACUGUGAACCUAUUGCAGAGGAGGGUGAAGGAGAGACCGAACAUGCUCCAAGUGAGGAUGACUGGGAGGCUGUGGCUAUGUUUGAUUAUGUUGCACGGUCUCCAGCCGAGCUGUCAUUCAAGCAGGGGGACCACGUCCUACUCCACAGCAAGGCCUCUGCAGACUGGUGGAAAGGAGAAGUAGGAGGAGUCAAAGGCCUCAUUCCACAUAAAUACAUCAGUGUGCCUGAGGGGGCGGAGCGAAAGCAGGAGCGAGGGAAGAGGGAGGAGAGCCGAGGCGGCAGUACAGGAAAUCUAGCUGAUGAGCAGCAGCAGGCUGAACACAGCACCCGCAUGCGGGUGAACAGCGAUAGCGCGUCUCUGCCAGGAAGGCAGCGGACCACCAGUGGAAGUGGUGUCGUGGUAGGAGAAGCAGGGGGCAGCGGAAACAUCAGUCCAAUACGCAAAUUCCCCAUUCAGGUACCAGAGGGCCGACUCUUCUUCCCGGCGCAAUCACCUGGCAUGGCCCGACAACUCACAGGUCUACAGGAACGGAGACAUACCUUGGACAGCGUCAGGCCCAUUGUAGGAACAGCAGAGAGACAGACAGUUGAUAAGGAGAUCACCCGGCAGAUGAACUCGGUAUUCAAAGAGCUACUUUCCCGGCAACCUGCUCAAGACAGCAAUGUUUCACCAGCGAUGUCCUCUUCCUCUUCCUCCUCCUCCACCCCCUCAGUGUCCAGUGCACCUUCUCGGCAGUCCAUAAAGAGGGGGAUUCAGACAGGAUUCAGCUUGCGCAACCGAGGCCUCUUCAAACCCUCCGACCAGCAGGACUGAUGGAGGAGGCAUAAAAGAGAGAGCAGAAAAUGCAUGAAUGCAAGGCAAGGCCAAGAGCUAACAUACAGAAGAGAUUAAUAUAUUUUUUCUAAAAUAUAAUAUGAUGUUUGUGUGACCUCAAUUCUGAAGAAAAAAAAAAUUGUUUAUGAAAAGUGACUUUGGUUCAUGUAGUGCCAGUGAGUCUUUCAUUCAUAAUGGUAUUGAAAGUAUUCACUGGUCAUGUUACUGGUUUUGUUUGUGCUUAUCAUAAACGUAAUGGUACGGUAAUGUACAGUAGAACCUUUUAUUUAUCAUUUGUUAUUGCCCCGUUUCAAUGAUAAUUCAUUAUAGUGAUGUGCAGUGGAGUAACUUAUUUCUUUCCUUACAUUCAUAUACUGUUUUUAACAUGCCCUUGCAACAGCCCCUCAUGUGUGGUACCCAGUUUUUUCAACCAGAAUGCAUUUGUUUGCUAUAUGGCUAUGUAACUUACCAAAUGCUAUUUUUCAAAUAUUCUUGUGUCUUUUGGGCAAUUUCUGGUAUUUACUACAGUUGGGUUUACUAAAUCCCUCAAGUCUCUAAGACAUCAUCUCACAGCCCACGCACAGAUGCUGUUCAUUCCCUUAAGGGGAAAUAAUGUGAAAGUUAAUGAGGGCAUAUUAAAAACAGUUCUGGAAUGCAGCAUUUUAUUGUAGUGUAACUUUCACUAUCAUUGGAACUUAUUGGUUAUUGCCUACAAACGUAAAAAUCCACUGCUUUAUGAGUGUGUCAUCUAUUACUUAGAGAGGGAACAUGGCUAUAAACAUAAAUUUCCAUUCUGGCAACCGGAAUAGACAACUAUUUUUUUUGAAAAGUAAUAUUUUUAUAAUAAUUCUGUUUUUUUAAUGAUUAUUUUUAUUUCCAAGUUGUUUGCUUAAUAAUUAAUUAUUUUAUUUUCAUUUUGUUAGAUGUUUAUAUUUGUUGACCUGACCUUACUGAACUUCUUUUGAACUCUUUCUACAGAAGAGGAGAUGUGUUAAAACUAGACAAAUCCUUUACCUUUAAAAAAACAAAACAAAACAAUAUGGCCACUGUUAUAAAUACAGGACUAUCCACUGAAAAUGCUGGAAUAUGCCAUUUAAUCUAAGACUAGGCGUUUGCAACAUGGUCACAGAAGAAGAAGGAAAAAAGAUUACAAAAAUAGUAGUCUAGGCCUCCCUAGUCUUUAUGCACUCGUAUGUAUAAUGUGAAAUCUUCAAGUCAAAGAUCAUUGUACAAGAAGUGCAAUAAGUGACACAUUUGGACACACACAUGCAAAAACUGGGAAGACAAGUGUUUGUUACAUUUGAUUGUUCAGGUGCACCUAGAGAGAGGAACACUGAUAAAUUAAGAGUUGUAGAUGGGAGAGGAAAUGAUUGAUAUGUCUGACCAAACUGUGAACAAGCUGAUGCAACCACAUGUAGUACAGCAGCACUGUCACUUCCUACUAAACUCUAGUGUACACAUCUCAUGGGUUUCCCCUUGCUUUACUGCAUUCAGAAGGGAGGAGAGAUAUAUUGACUAAAAGGCAGCUUAGCCUCUAAGGCUGCAUACAGCCUAUAAAACACAAGCCAGUCUGACUGGGCAUGAGUCAUAUCAUGUCAAUUUUUCUAGUUUAAUCAUGCAAAUUUGAGCUAAAUUUACAUUUACAGCAUUUGGCAGAGGCCCUCAUCCAGAGCGACUUUCAUUCAUCUCAUUUAUAUAUUUGAGCAGUUUGAGGUUUAGGUUUAAGGGUCUUGCUCAAGGGUUCAGCAAUGGCAGCUUGGCAGUGCUUGAACUCACAACCUUCCGGCAUCAGAAGUUUGUGCCACGUUCAAGGAUGAUACAAACAUAACUUGAGAAAAUACUGCAAUCCUGUCAGGGUAACAAGGUAGCUAAGUGCAUUCCUUACAGCAAGCUUGUUUAUUUGAGUAUCAGUCCUAAAGAUUGAUGUGAGUGUAUCUGGAAUCCAAGAUUAGGCUAAUUAUUAAGUUAAAGAACCUUCAAAAGCUCAAAUAGUCAACAAAUAUUAAUUGACCAAAAUGAUUCCAGAGAUAUUCCUAAUAUAUGUAUGAACUGAGGAAAAACUAUGAUGAAAUUUGCUUUGGUCUUAUAGGUGUACUUAUAGGCAGCCUUACAAGCUGACUGGGCUUUUAGUCUAUAUAUGUUGCACCUUUCUUCUUUUUGUGCCACUCACUCCUAUAUCCUUUCUGAAAACGUGUUUUAUAAUGUGUUGCAUAAUGACAAAUAUGUUACAUAAUGACUUGUUGUUGUUGUAUGACUUGAAAUAUUAUCACAAUAAAUGAUGUCAAUUCUAAAAUACAUUUGAUCAAGAAUGAA